AUGAAUGAGUGGAAAAAAAAUGACAAUGAUGGUUUACCACCUUAUGAAGCAGCUAUAGGCUCUAACUCCAACAAUGAUGGAACUUCACAAGCAGCUAGCAGAAUGGGACCUUAUCCAUUAUCACAGCCAGCGUUCAAUCCUACAUAUAUGCCUCAAACUGCCAAUCCCGUGAUGUCAGAUCCUUCUGCGCAGCACUCAGGUCCUCAAAUACCAGUCAUUGUUGGUGUCCCUAUAUUUGGUCCUCAUUCCUGUACAAUGACAUGUCCGAGCUGUAAUAAAUCUAUUCUUACCGAAACACGCGACCAUGCUGGUAUAUUUGCAUUCAUAAUUUGUGGAAUACUACUGCUUUUUGGGUGCUGGUUUGGUUGUUGCUUAAUUCCUUUCUGUAUUAAAGAUUGUCUGGAUGUGGAUCAUACUUGUCCGAAUUGUAAGGUAUUAUUAGGAUCUUACAAGAAAAUUUGA